AUGGAGCGGGCGGCGGCGGCGGCGGCGGGCGCCUCGCUGGCCGAGGGGCUCCUCAAGUCGCCGCGGCCGCUGAUGAAGAAGCAGGCGGUGAAGCGGCACCACCACAAGCACAACCUCAAGCACCGCUACGAGUUCCUGGAGACGCUGGGCAAAGGCACCUACGGGAAGGUGAAGAAAGCCCGGGAGCGCUCCGGCAGGCUGGUGGCUAUCAAGUCAAUCCGGAAAGACAAAAUCAAGGAUGAGCAGGACCUUGUCCAUAUCCGGAGAGAGAUCGAGAUCAUGUCGUCCCUCAAUCACCCUCAUAUCAUCGCUGUCCACGAAGUGUUUGAGAACAGCAGCAAAAUCGUCAUCGUGAUGGAGUACGCCAGCAAGGGGGACCUGUACGACUACAUCAGCGAGCGGCAGAGGCUGACGGAGCAGGAGGCGCGCCACUUCUUCCGCCAGGUUGUCUCCGCCGUCUACUACUGCCACAAGAACGGGAUCGUUCACAGGGACCUGAAGCUGGAGAACAUCCUUCUCGAUGCAAACGGGAACAUCAAGAUUGCAGACUUUGGCCUCUCCAAUGUUUACCAGCAGGACAAACUUCUGCAGACUUACUGUGGCAGCCCGCUCUAUGCGUCUCCAGAAAUCAUCAACGGGAGGCCAUAUAAAGGCCCCGAGGUAGACAGUUGGUCUCUAGGCGUUCUCCUCUAUAUCCUGGUCCAUGGUACAAUGCCGUUUGAUGGCCAGGACUACAAGACUCUGGUCAAGCAGAUCACGAGCGGGGACUACCGGGAGCCCGCAAAGCUGUCAGAUGCCUGUGGGCUGAUCCGGUGGAUGCUGAUGGUGAACCCGGAGCGCCGAGCCACCAUUGAAGACAUCGCCACUCACUGGUGGGUGAACUGGGGCUACAAAGUGCCCAUCGGGGAGCAAGAGAUGCUGCGGGAGAGCGAGCCGCCCCUGGCCACGGUGGCGGAGUGGCUGCGCCGAUCCUCACGGCCCCUCUUCGAGAACGGCUCCAAGAUGCGCUGCUUCUUCAAGCAGCACAUGCCCAGCGUCGCUCUGGAGAGGCAGCGCUCCCUCAAGAAGUCCAAGAAGGAGAAUGACAUCUCCCACGUGCUGCAGGAGGUGGCUGUGGCCCCGGAGAACGCCUCCAAGUCCAUCCUGAAGAGGCCUAAGGGGAUCCUGAAGAAGAAGAACUCCAGUGACCAGAAGGUGCCCGGCCCUCCGCAGACGGCCGCCGCUGGAGAGGCGAGGGACGAGGAGGGUGAAGCCGCCGCCGCGGGCCUGACCCGCAUCCUGUCCGCUGGGGCGCUGGCCCGCGGCCAGGACAGCAGAGCCGUCCCCAUGGCCGUGCCCAGGAAGGGAAUCCUGAAAAAGCCCCCGACGAGGGAGUCGGGCUAUUACUCCUCCCUGGAGUGCUGCGAGUCGCCGGAGCUCCUGGACUCCGAGAGCUUGGACCUCGAGGCCAGCGUGUUCGCCGACAGUCCCUCCCCGGAGCAGGGCCCCGAGGGCCUCCCCACCCGCCGGAAAGGCAUCCUGAAGCACAACGGCAAGUACUCCUCCAGCAGCGGCGAGUCGGACGGCCUGCCGGGGCCGGGCUUCGGCCCCUUCGGCGAGGCGCCCCUGCCCAAGGUGGCCCCCCGCGCCCGCCCGUCCAGCGCCGUGAGCGAGGACAGCAUCCUCUCCACCGAGUCCUUCGAGCAGCUCGACCUGCCCGCCCGCGUCCCCGACGGCGGCAUGCGGGGCUGCGUCUCCGUCGACAGCUUCCUCCGGCUGGAGGAGAUGGAGGAGGCGGCGGCGGGGCGCCGGCUGCGCCGCUGGACCGUGACGCACUGCCAGGGCCCGCCGGCCGAGAGCCGCUUCUCCCUGGAGGACUGCGACAGCGUCGCCGGGGUCUACCAGCGCGCCGUGGCCAUCAGCAUGAAGCUGAGCUGAGGCUCCGGAGCGGGGGCAGCCCGGGGGCGGACCAAAGCGCCGGGCUCCUCCGGCCCCGCGGUCCUCGCUCCGCUGUCCUUGCGUCCUCGCCCCGCAAGCGGGCGCACCAUCUCAUGGCGGGGGGAGGAGGGUGGGUUCGUUCCUUCGUGGUUUUUCCUUUGCACUGUUCUUGGCUGCACAAGGUAACGGAUGGGGCAGGGAUAUACCUCAAACAGGCUCGAGAUGUAGCAGGGCGCCGUGGGGAGGCCGGAAGGUGCUGUCCGGGCUGGUGCCCAAGAUCUGCGCUCUUGGGAUUUACUGGCAUUCGGGUGCGACGGGUCCAAGCCCAACUCUUCCCCCCUCCUGCUCCGCAAAACCCAACGGGAAGGGCGUGCGCCUCGGCCAGCACCGCGGCUCCCGGCUCGCGUCGAGGCCGCGGUGCCUCCGCUUGCUCUCGGGCAGCCGGCGUCCUGCCCGCGGGAGCCCGGCGCCCUUGGGGCGCUCCCACGUCCUGCCGCUGCCUCUCCCAGCGCCGCGGGAAACCGCGGUCCCAAACCACGCUCUGAUGCCGGUGUCAAUUUUUAAUGAUGAAAGGAGAAAAGGAGAGGAAAAAAAAAAAAAGUGCCUUUCGUAAGGCACCGCUUCUUUAUUUAUUGCCUUGUGUCGAGUUAACGUGGGACUCCGCCAGCGCUGGCUGCACCCAUCUCAGUGGAAGCCUCCCCUUGUAGGGGACCGUCGCCCGCAGAGCGGCACCCCCACCCUCCUUUGCACUAUGUUGCCUCGUGUUCUCCGGCCCGUUCCUGUGCCCGGGAUGUGGGUGGUUUCUCCUUAUUCCUGCGACGCGGUCCAGAGAAAA